AUGGACAAAAGAAUAUCAGAUGCGGCAGAACUGCUGCGACAGGCUUCGAGUAUGUUACUGUCAGUAGAUCCAGGAACUUCUUCAUCUCCAGCUUUAGUGCGAAGCCCAGAGGCAGAGUCUGAACGUCCGACAGUAAGACCACAGGGAAGAUCAGUAAACGAGACCCUCGCAAGAGCAAGGAGUAUGAUGCAAAGCAGUAGAACCACUGGAGUGUUUAGGCGGCUUAGCAGCAGCGAAAGAUUGAGAGCAACUUCAGGACCAAAGGAAAAGAAAAGCAAAACGGCUUCUUCGACUGGUAGUAAAGAUAAACCUUUCGAAUUUGCCCUGCUUGCUUGUGGAGAUGUCGACAGUGAUGAACCAGAUGACAGCUUGAAGAAGGACAUGAUUCUGGAUCGAGGUAUUGUGAGUCUUAAUGAAAAAGAUAACGAAGCUGCUAUUCGAGAAAAACUUGUUUCAUCGCUUAAAGGCAAGUAUGGCAUGAUUGGUCAAAAUGAUUUUGAAUUUAUAAAAGUAAAUCAGAAAAAAAUCUCGGUUCUACAUUUAAGUAAAGGAACAGAGUAUAAUUACGACGUUGUCAAGAAACUUGUAGGACAAGGGCUUUUGUACGUUAGAAUUAGAAGGGGAUAUGAAUUUGUAAUUGAACAAACUUCAGAUUCUGGAUCAGACUUUGUCAUGACAUGUCCUGCUGCUGAGAAUGAUGCUAAAACUGAAGCACAUCUUUCAGAAGACGAGAACAUGCCCCAGUCAGGACUAGCAGAUGAAUUACCUGUGGCUGCACAGCCACCCAUCUCAGUAGAUCUAUCUCAGCAGCCUGGUUCAAGCACAAAUGUAGAAAGUCCUCACACGUUCUUUGACACGGUUGUAAAUGAGUUUCCAUCAAAUAUAACUGAACCAACAGAAAUCCUUAGAUAUCUACAAAAGAAAAUUGUUAGAGGUAGACCAUUGGAGGUAAUUGAUCCUUCCACAGACCUUCAAGGAGAAACAAACUUCAUAACUGUAGACAGAGAGAACAUUCUUCAAACUACUUUUGAGGAACUAAAGUCUGUUGAUGAUCCCAGAGUCACAUUCGAGGUCCAGUUUUAUGCGGAACAAGCUGUGGACAGUGGUGGUCCACGUAGAGAGUGGAUGCGACUUUGCAAUCAACAAAUCAAGAUCAAGUAUUUUGAUAAUGGUAUCAAAGAGCAUUUGUCGGAAGAUUACUUCUAUGUUGGACAAAUGAUUAGCAUUGCUCUUCUACAAAAUGGCCAGUUACCUGUCUACAUCCCUGAAGAUAUUUUGCAGGCCAUAUUUGUGGGGAAAUGUGAGCA